UAACCGCUCAGAACGGAAGUUCCUGAGCCUUCACACGCGCGGGGAAGCAACUCGGAAACGGACCAAGAUGGCGGCGCCCAGUGAGGGGCCGACGUUUGCUGCGGGGGUCGAAAAGAAUUGUAGUGCAGUUGUUCGGUCCCCAGAAGGGACUCCCCAGAAAGUCCGGCAGCUGAUAGAUGAGGGGAUUGCCCCGGAAGAGGGAGGCGCCGAAGCGAAGGACACAUCUGCCACAUUCCAGUCAGUUAAUGGAUCACCACGAGCAGAAGAACCUCCACUGGAAUCUACAAGCAAAGAAGCCUUCUUUAGCAGAGUGGAAACCUUUUCUUCUUUGAAAUGGGCAGGUAAGCCCCCUGAGCUGUCUCCACUGGUCUGUGCAAAAUAUGGCUGGGUCACAGUUGAAUGUGAUCUGCUGAAGUGCUCCAGCUGUCAAGCUUUUCUCUGUGCCACUUUACAACCAGCUUUUGAUUUUGACAGAUAUAAGGAACGAUGUGCUGAGCUGAAGAAAGCCUUGUGUACUGCCCAUGAGAAGUUCUGUUUCUGGCCAGACAGCCCCUCUCCAGAUCGAUUUGGGAUGUUGCCAUUGGAUGAACCUGCGGUUCUUGUUAGUGAAUUCCUAGAUCGUUUUCAAAGCCUUUGUCACUUGGACUUCCAGCUUCCUUCCCUGAGGCCAGAGGACUUAAAAACUAUGUGCUUGACAGAAGACAAGAUCAGUCUUCUCCUGAACCUGCUUGAAGAUGAACUUGAUCACCCAACUGAUGAGAGAAAAACUGCAACCAAACUAGGUUCAGACAUCAUCCAAAUCCACGUCACUGCCUGUAUUCUCUCCGUGUGUGGCUGGGCGUGUAGUUCUUCGCUGGAACCCAUGCAGCUCUCCCUGAUAACAUGUUCACAGUGUAUGAGGAAGGUGGGGCUCUGGGGCUUCCAGCAGAUCGAGUCAUCCAUGACCGACCUGGAUGCCUCCUUUGGUCUGACCAGCUCCCCAAUCCCAGGCUCUGAGUGCCGGCCAGAGCGCUUCUCUCUGGUGCCCGAGUCUCCUCGGAGGAUGAUGACUCGGAGCCAGGAUGCCACGUUUUCCCCAGGCUCAGAGCAGGGUACUUCCAUCAUCUCCCCUUUCCUUCAGGCUGAAAGGAGCCCAGGUCCCAUUGUCUCUAGAACUCGAAGCUGGGACUCUUCCAGUCCUGUCGACCGUCCUGAGCCAGAGGCCGCUAGCCCCACCACCAGAACCCGCCCAGUGACACGAAGCAUGGGAACAGGAGACACCACUGGCCUAGAAGUGCCAUCUAGUCCUCUUCGGAGAGCCAAACGGGCUCGCCUCUGCUCUUCCAGCAGCUCGGACACAUCUUCCCGAAGCUUCUUUGAUCCCACUUCUCAGCAUAGAGACUGGUGUCCUUGGGUGAAUAUCACAUUUGGAAAAGAAACCAGGGAGAAUGGUGGAACUGAGGUGGAUGCCAACCCCCCGGCAGAGCCAGGCUGGAAGGCAGUGCUGAACAUCCUCUUGGCCCACAAAGAGUCUAACCAGCCAGCUGAAACCGACUCCAUGAGUCUCUCUGAGAAAUCAAGGAAGGUAUUCCGAAUAUUCCGGCAGUGGGAAUCUUUAUGCUCAUCCUGAAGAUAUUCCAGCCCUUCCUGCAGAGAAGUGGAAUGAGUGGCUUUGAAAAAUGAAGCCUGAAUUCCCUUUUGAGCAGCUGAUCCUAAGUUUUUCUCCGUUCUGGUUUAAUCAUAAGGAGCCCCUGCCCUUGCGAAGGCAUGCAUGUCAUCAUCUGCAUCUGACUCGGGGAAAACCUGUUUGCAACACAGGGAUGUGGGCUGGGAGAGGUAGGGCGACCCUGGCUCUGUUCAAGGAGUGCGUGGUUCCAAAACUCAACGCAGGACCCAGGACUUGAGCAUUUUUAGUGUCUUUAGUGGGGGCAGUGCUUUGAGGACUCUUAUAUCCCAGGAAUACGUCAGUAUGUGUUAAUAAAAUAUUUGUUAAGAUUCUCA